AUGGCUUCAACUUUUAUGAGAAAAAAUCAAGCUAAGUUCUUGGUUUCAGCUCAAAGAUUUGGCGUUCAUACAGUUGCAAGCUCACCAGCCCAGGCUACCAAGGGCGAUCAAUCAGUAGUUGUUUAUGAAUCUGCUGAUUAUGCAAGCUUCAACCAAGCCAACUAACUUGGAGAGUGGAGUUCGGCCAUUGUUAACUCUGAGAAGAAGUCUAAGUUCUUCUCUCUCAUUCCCUUCUUUAUUGAAAGUAAACUUAACGCUAAGUACUUCGUAUUGAAAAUGGAAGCAUUCCCUAAAAGCUAAUACCUAAAGCUACACGUUUUACGACUUGGAGGAGUUUUUGAAAUGUGGGUUCCUCUUAACCAAAUGAUCCCAAUCACUCCCUAUGAUUACUGGUGCGCAAACUGGAUGCUAUUCUUCAAAUAAAACCAAUGUCUUGAUCUUGACAUGAUUUACGCCAACCAUGUCACCAAAGAGAUGUACCUAUUCGAUAAAAACGGAGAAUGGAAAGAUGAGGGUGUAUACCAUGAAGCUCUCUCAAUGGAGAAUACAUUCAAUGAGACUAAUUGGUAUGAUGAGUUCUACGCUCACAACUUCUGA